GAAUCUCAUCAAAACAGUGUAAAAUGUGAGAAGUCAUUGCUUUUAACAUAAAGCACGCCAAAGAUACACACAACCACAAGAGGACCUUAAUUACUUUGAGAGAUUUGUCUUUUGAAACUUCAUUCUUCCUACUAUUUUGUGUUUCUUCUGUUACAAUGGAGAUCGCUAUUGGUGUUGGAGGAGCACUCCUCUCGGCUUCUGUUCAACCACUCAUUGAAAGGUUGACCUCUCACGAACUCAACAUCUUUGCUAGGCGGGAGAAAAUCCUUGGUGACCUCAAGGAUUGGGAGAUGAUGCUGGCCGAAAUCAGCUCUUUGCUUGAUGAUGCUGAAGACACGCAAAUGACAAAUUCUGCAGUGAAAAUAUGGCUUGAUGAGUUUCGAGAUCUGACCUAUGACAUCGAAGACGUGCUGGAUGAGUUCAACACUGAAGAUUUGAAGGGCAAAGUGAUGGAAGGUUCUCAGGCAAGCACAAACAAACUGCGGAAGUUAAUCCCCACUCGUAUAACUUCUUUUGCGUUCAAUAACAAGAUGGCAUCCAGGAUAAAAGACAUUACUAAACGAUUACAACGUAUUAAUGCAUGGCAGGACCAGACUCUCAAUUUGAGAAGGCUUGUUAAUGGGACGAGAUCCAACCAGGUGACGGAAAGGCCACCGACAACUUCGACAACUUCUUUGGUAGAUGAAUCGGAUAUUUAUGGCAGGAAUGAUGACAAGGAGGUUAUUGUUAAGAUGUUGUUGAUGAAUGAAGAAGGUGCUAACAAUUCCAUUUCUGUGAUCCCUAUAUUAGGGAUGGGAGGAAUUGGUAAGACUACUUUAACAAAGUUAGUCUACAAUGAUUCUGCUGUGCAAGACUAUUUUGACAUCAAGAUAUGGGUAUGUGUUUCUGGAAAUUUUGAUGUUAUUGACUUAACGAGAACAAUUCUGUGGUGUGUAGCUCCAGAGAUCCGUGAUUUAAAGGAUCUUAAUUUGAAUUCAUUUCAAGAAACAUUGAAAGAGAAAUUAUCUCAAAAGAAAUUUUUGCUCAUCCUAGAUGAUGUAUGGGAAGAGGAUUACAAUCAAUGGGAUCUACUACGUGCACCUUUCGUUUCUGCAGCAACCAGUAGCAAAAUAGUUGUCACCACUCGUAAGAAAAAUGCUGCACCGAUCACUGCUGAUGUCCAUGCCUACUGUGUGAAGGAGUUGCCAGAUGAAGAGUGCUUGUUCAUAUUGGCUCACCAUGCUUUGGCGGCACAAAGCUUUGAUUCACACUUAGAUCUAAAGGAUAUUGGUAUGGAAUUGGCAAAAAGGUGUAACGGACUUCCGUUGGCUGCAAAAGUAUUGGGAGGUCUCUUGCGCAAUAAACGAAGCCGUGAGGAGUGGGAACGUGUAUUGAGAAACAAAUUGUGGAAUUCCCGAGAAACGAGCAAUAGUGUCCAUCCGACUCUAAAAUUGAGCUACAAUGAUCUCCCUUCUCAUUUAAAGCGAUGUUUUGUUUAUUGUGCAAUAUUCCCCAAGGAUUAUGAAUUUGAUAGGGAUGAGUUGGUUUCGCUAUGGAUGGCAGAAGGUUUCUUGCACGAUCCCCGGGGAGGGAAGCUAAUGGGGGACUUGGGAGUCGAAUACUUUGAGGAUUUGGUAUCAAGGUCAUUAUUUCAGUCGUCGAUCAUUAAUAAAUUGCUCUUCCCAUACCCUCGUUCACAACCAUUCUUUGAGCCACCGAAAUAUAGUAGGAUAUCAGUAUUUGUGAUGCAUGAUCUUAUAAGUGAUCUUGCUCAAACUAUUGCAAGAGAAAUUUGUUAUAAUGAUGAGGCUAUGUUAGAGGAUGAUAUGUCAACUAUACUAUAUCAAAAGGUCCGUCAUGCAUCUUUUUCCUAUCUCAAAGAUAUUGACUCGCAAGAGUAUGAAAUCUAUACUCGAAUGAAGAGGUUGAGAACAAUUGUGGGUUUUCCAAUUUGGCGAAGGGGUUAUUUCUCUGACUCGAGAGGCUAUGAAUGCAAGAUGCUGUACAAGUUAUUGGCACAAUCAAAAUGCGCAAGGGUGCUAUCUCUUACUAUUCCAGAAAUAACAAAGCUACCGAAUUCAAUUGGGGAUUUGAUACACCUACGGUACAUCAACUUAUCUCAGACAUAUAUUCAACAGCUUCCAGAGUCAGUGAGUAGUCUCUUUAAUUUGCAAACUUUGCUAUUGUGUUAUUGUCAGUUCCUCAAGAAGUUGCCAGAUAAAAUUAGAAAUCUGGUGAACUUGCGGCAUCUUGAUAUUUUCGAGACAUUUAAGUUACAAAAGUUUCCAUCUGGCAUUGGUAUGUUGACCAAUCUUCAGACUUUAUCCAAGUUUAUUGUGAAAGAAGGCCAUGGAACUACAAUUGCUGAACUCAAGAACUUGAAUAAUCUUCGUGGCAGUUUAUCCAUUCAAGGGCUUCAAAAUGUCCAAGAUGCAAAGUUAGCGAACUUAAAGGGGAAGCAAGGCCUUGAAGAAUUGGAAUUAGAAUGGAAUUAUUGCCAUGGAAGGAAUGACAUGUCGGUACUUGAAUCACUUGAACCUCAUCAAAACUUGAAGAGGCUUACCAUUUCAUCCUACUGUGGUGCUGAAUUCCCAUUUUGGAUGAGUAAUAUUCCUUUGGUUUCCUUAACUUUGAGAUAUUGUGGAGAGACCAAACUCUUACCACCACUUGGGCAUCUUUGCUUACUCAAAGAGCUAAGCAUAAUUGGAUUGAAGGCGGUGAAAAGCAUAGGUGUUGAGUUCUAUGGGAAUGUUGUUGUGCCAUUUCCAUCGCUAGAGAGGUUGGAAAUUGGUGGUAUGUCAGAGUGGAGGGAGUGGUCUCAUGGCACUAUGGGUGGUGAAGGAUUCCCAAAUCUUCAAGAGCUUAGGUUAUAUGGUUGUCCUAAACUGAUUUGGAAUUUUCCAAGUGGAUUGCCAUGCUGUCUAAAAUGCAUUAUAGUUAAAAAUUGUGAUGCUCUCGAGUGUUUCCCGAUGAUAAACACUAGAGAUGGAAGGGAAAGCCUUCUCGAAGAACUACAUAUUGAAGAUUGCUCCUCUCUCAAGUACUUCGAAAGAAACUUCAACUUUCCUACCUCAUUAAGGAAAUUGACAAUCAGGCAUUGUGUAAAUCUAUUGUGUCUACCGGAUGGAUUGACGGUGCAAGAUGACAACACAAACCAGUCUCAAUCUGAGUCUCAUCUCGAGGAAUUGGAGAUUGUGGGAUAUCAGGGGCCUACCUCCUUUCCAGCCGGCAAAUUUCCUGCUGCUCUUAAAUUCCUUACAAUAAGGGGUCCUAUUUGUAUGCAAUUGGAAUCAGCAAUUUCAGAGAAGAACACGGCACUUGAAACAAUUGAAGUUUCGGAUGACGAUAACCUAAAAGCAUUGCCCUCCAUUAACUGUUUGCAAAGUCUCAGGUCUCUGUCCAUAUAUGAUUGUCCUGCUUUAGAGUCCUUCCCAGAAAUGGGCUUCCGCAGCACCAGUCUUCAACAACUUCAAAUGGAAGAAUGCCAAAAUCUGUCAUUGGUGCCCAUUCAAAUGCAAAGCCACUUCCCUUCACUUCGAGGGCUGAUCAUAGGGAAUUGCCAUAAUCUGAGGCAGCCAAUAGCAGAGUGGGGAUUGGGCAUGCUAUCCUCUCUUGAGACACUUAAAGUCUAUGGUAGAUGUCCUGCAACUGCAGAUGUGGUAGCAUUUGCAGAUGAUAAUUGUUGUUGGCUUCCCACCUCUCUUAAACAACUCGAUAUAAGAGAAUUCGUGAGUCUGGAAUCUGUGUCCAUGGGACUCCAAAUGCUCACCUCUCUUAAAGAUUUAUCUAUCAGAAGCUGCCCCAAGCUCCGAUCUCUGACAAAGGAAGCCCUGCCUUUCUCUCUUAGAGAAAUACGUAUCUAUCAUUGUCCGCUCCUCAAAAAAAAACUACUUAAGGAAAAAAAGGGAUUACGCGUCUUCUAUAAGUAAUGAUUGAGAAGAUAAUCAGUGGUGCGAUUAUUUGUAGUCCAUUUUCAAUAUAGCUUCAGAUUUUACGCCAACUGGGUCUCUUUGAUCAUACAAGUCAUGCAAGUCAUAAAUAAAUCAGAGUUUAAGAAGUCCUGCAGGUCGCUGAACGAGUUUUCUGAGGUCGUUUUAUCAAAAAGUGGAUAUUGAUGCAAAUUGGUAGUGGACUAAGUCGGUGUUUUUGUUGCUGAACAUUAUUAGAUGCCUUGUUUUUUCCUUUUUUUUGGGUAUGUUCUUACUUCUUAUAUUGAUAUUGAAUGAGUGGUCAACAGAUUGGGUGAGGUCCAUGUAUAGUUCAUAAUUCACUACUCUGCUGUUCGCAUUGUAAUGUUUUAAACACUUGAAAGGAGGCUCGAACCAAUUUCAACAA